CUUUUUUCAUGCCUGCCCUUUUUGUUUUCCUGCCUAUUCUAUCUCUGUCUCCAUUGCCUUCUCUCCUUUUCCGCUUAACAUUCAUGCAGGGGGGAAGAUUUUCAAAUGUAACGAACCUCUCAGUAAAAUAAUCGAAGCUAUCCAUCAUUAACUUCGUUUUUGGUUUUUGUUGUGAAGCUCUUAUUUUGGGUUGUGACUGAAAGUUAACUCUUUCCUAAAUGGUAUUGAGAAUAAACUCUAGGAGGAGUUAGAUCUGAUUGAAAUGCAUGCAGUGUUUGUGAUGAAUAAGAGACUCAAUUUUCUAUGAGGUCAAUCAAAUCAUGGAGGUGGUUGAUGGGAAGAAAGAUUGUCUUGUCUGAUGGUCUGUUCUCUUUACUUCGGAAUCACUGGCCUUUAGAUUAUUAUAAGUGGAAUUUCUCGUAUACAUUUUUUCAAUAUCGAGUUCUUUUGUGCUUUGUAACCCUCAGUUGUGCUUUCUUGAUGCAGGGAAAGUCAAGUUUCAAGAUGAGACAACUGCCUAUGGCAGUUGUUUGUAUAGUGAUGUUGUUUGUUUUGUUUAGAACUAUAAAUUAUGAGUAUUACCAAGAAGAGUGUGCUGCGUCUGCUAAUUUGAAAAUUUCUUCUGUUAAUCAUUCUGGCAUAAUCAGAGAGAGAAAAAGUGGAGUUUCUUUGGAGAAACAAUGUCACAGGAGAAUGCUGACAAUUUUGCAAAGUUAAAAGGCCUGCCGCAGGGUAUAGUACACGCUACUUCAAAUUUUGAGUUGAGGCCUUUAUGGUUACCAAGUGGAUUAAGGUCAAAGGUUAGUGAUUACUCUAAUAGGAACUUGCUGGCAAUGCCAGUUGGAAUUACACAAAAGAACAAUGUAAAUGACAUGGUGCAAAAGUUUCUUACAGGAAAUUUUACAAUUAUUUUAUUCCAUUAUGAUGGCAAAGUGGAUGAGUGGUCAGGCUUUGAUUGGAGCAGAACGGUCAUACACAUAGCUGCUCAAAAUCAAACUAAGUGGUGGUUUGCAAAAAGAUUUCUACAUCCAGAUAUUGUAUCUACUUAUGAUUAUAUCUUUCUCUGGGAUGAGGAUUUAGGGGUGGAGCAUUUUUCUCCAUCAAGAUACAUUGAGAUUGUGAAGGAAGAAGGAUUGGAGAUAUCACAACCAGCUCUUGACCCAAAUUCAGUAGAAAUACAUCACAGAAUUACAGUUAGAGCUAGGAUGAAGAAAGUUCAUAGAAGAGUCUAUGAACUUAGAGGCAAAACUAAAUGUUCAGAGGAAAGCCAAGGGCCACCAUGUACCGGCUUUGUGGAGGGCAUGGCUCCUGUUUUCUCUCGUUCGGCAUGGUUUUGUACUUGGCAUCUUAUACAGAAUGACCUUGUCCAUGGAUGGGGAAUGGAUAUGAAGCUAGGAUAUUGUGCACAGGGUGAUCGCACAAAAAAUGUGGGGGUUGUCGAUAGCGAAUAUGUUGUACAUAAGGGAAUACAAACUCUGGGUGGUGAUUUAACAAAAGAUGCAAGUACUAAAACACCACCUACGAAGCAUGGCUUGGACGUGCGAACAGAGAUACGAAGACAAUCAACAUGGGAACUUGAAGUCUUCAAAGAGAGGUGGAAUCGAGCUACUUCUGAGGACACUAGAUGGGUAGACCCAUAUAAAAGUGAUCAAAGGCGCUUCAGACGAAGGCGCAACAGCAAACGGCUAUCAUAACUGCUUGUUUAACUAACUUGGUUUGAUUGUGUUAGCCCUACUUCUUUCAUGGGUACAAGUCUUGCUUAAAGGUGCAAGGCCGAUUGCGGUAUUGGGAAGGUGAUAUGUAGCCUUGUAGCCUUAUCUGCAGCAUCAAAGAGGCCGUUUUCUGGCUUCUUACACAGGCAUGAGUCUUCUUUAUAGGCAUAUUAGCAUUUUGGUAGCUCAAUGAAUCCUCAAUUCAUUCAAUUUUGGAAAAACAUUCUUCUUUUUUUUCUUCUCUUAUUCUUUUGUUCUUUUUUUUUUUUAUAUAUAUCCUAUAUGGCCAGAUUCUGCUACUAGCAGAAUUGGUCCUUCCUCCCUGCUACUUCCAUUUUGUAAUUUCUUUUCAAUGUAAUUAUCAUAUAUAGAUAAAAUGCAGCCUUAGUAUUUACCAUUAGAGCUGAAAAUGAAGAAGUUUCAAUUUUUUUAUAGUGAUUUUGAUUUUGGAUUCUAUGUCCAUAUAGUACUGAACCUCUACAGCACAUACUGCUAUAUAUUUGGGAUACAUCAUAGUAUCAUGUUUAUUCAUUUAUUUUUUAGAAUUUAUCAGCUGUCGUUAUUGUUCUUUUUCAUCCUAUUAGUGGAUUUUGAU